AUGCUAGCGUCGAGAAUUCAACUUGGCACACACCAGAUAACAAAUUAUAUUCAAAAUAAACGAUUUUAUAGGUUCCGUCGUGGUCUUAAAUAUAAUCAUUUUUUGCCUCAAAAAUUAUGUGAUCAACAUUUACAAUCAACAGAUGAAUUACCAAGAUGUCAAACUUGUUCAUUAAGAGAAGAAUACCCGCCGGUUCCAUUAUCAACUGUUCGUUAUUUAUUAUACUCAUUCAAUAGACUACCUGUUUCAUUAGAUACGAUAAUGUUAGAACAAUUAGUUGACGUGACAAUACAGCCCACAACAAAUAAAUUAACCAACAAUAAUAUAAAUAAUAAUAAUAAUAAUAUUGAUAAUAAUAAUAAUAAUACUAUUAUGCGGUCUAAUGCAAGAAAAAAGACAAUAACACAUAAGAGAGGGCUGAAAUCUAUCUAUAAUCGUCUUAAGAAUAAAUUUACUAACGGAGUAACAAAUACUCCGUUUCGCUUCCAUCCUCAUAAAGAACAACAACAGCAGCCUUUGGCAAGAAGAAAAUCUGGAGGAAGAUUAGAACGAUUAUUGCAAUUAAGAGGACUUCCAGCAUAUCAACAUCCUUCAAUAAGGUACUCCAACAAACGUACUACUUCCAGUAGUAUUUCUUUGUCAUCAUUAUCAACUUCAUCAUUACUAUCAUCCAACGAGGACUACCUUCAGCCAUCAAGAACAACAAUGGCAACAACAGCGACGACACAUUCAACAAACGUCUUCAAUAUUUUAUUCUCAACCCCGUCAUCACCACCCAAUUGA